AUGUAUUUGGUAUCUAUCUAUGCAGCUCAGCCUGUUCAUAUCUAUCUAGCUAUCAAGCUAUUUCAGUUUGUUCAUAUCUAUCUAUCUAUCUAUCUAUCUAUCUAUAUCUCAGUCUGUUCAUAUCUAUUUAUCUAUCUCAGGUUAUUCAUAUCUAUCUCGAUUCGUUAUCUAUCACAGUCUGUUUAUAUCUAUCUAUCUAUCUAUCUAUCUAUCUAUCUAUCUAUCUAUGUUAGUCUGUUCAUAUCUAUUUAUCUAUCUCAGCGAGCUAUCACAGUCUGUUCAUAUCUAUCUAUCUAUCUAUCUAUCUAUAUCUAUCUAUCUAUCUAUCUAGCAAAUAAAUCUAUAACAGUCUGUUCAUAUCUAUCUAUCUAUCUAUCUAUCUAUGUUAGUCUGUUCAUAUCUAUUUAUCUAUCUCUGGUUAUUUAUAUCUAUCUCUCUAUCUAUCUAUCACAGUCUGUUCCUAUCUAUCUAUCUAUCUAUCUAUCUAUCUAUCUAUCUAUCUAUCUAUCUAUCUAUCUCAGUCGCUUCAUAUCUAUUUAUCUUAGUCUGUUCAUUUUUAUCUCUUCGUUUCGUUAUCUAUCUAUCUAG